ACUUUCUGUGUGCUAAUCACAUGACCAGGCAGGGCUGCUGUUGCUGCUGCUGCAGCUGGUGUUGUUGAGCUGUCAAAGACAAGCCAAACUGUCAACAACACAAUUAUUACUGGUGAAACUGGUUAUCUUUGGUGUGAUGGAGUUAAUACAGGGUGGGUUGCACACCCUGUAACAUGCAGACCAAAGCGGGAUCCUGUUACCUUUCCUCCCUUCUUCAACAACUGACUAUACAGCCACGAUGGCUUCUAGUUAUCCACCCCCUUUUGAAGGCACAGGAGAAGUGAAAGAGGGCUUUCUUUGUCCUCUGUGCCUCAAGGACCUGCAGUCCUUCUACCAACUCCAAGACCACUAUGAAGAGGAGCACUCUGGUGAUGACCGCCAUGUUAGAGGACAGCUCAAAAAUUUGGUUCAGAAGGCAAAGAAAGCCAAAGACAAGCUGUUGAAAAGGGAUGGAGAAGAUAGACCUGAUACCGGCAGUUAUGAGUCCUUCUACUACGGUGGAGUGGACCCGUACAUGUGGGAGCCUCAGGAGCUUGGAGCAACCAGAAGUCACCUGGACCUUUUCAAAAAGCACCGAGCUGCCAGGAUAGAUCACUAUGUCAUUGAGGUCAACAAACUUAUCAUUAGACUGGAAAAGUUGACAUCGUUUGACAGGACCAACUCAGAUGCAGCCAAAAUUAGAGCUAUUGAGAGGUCAGUGGUGUCAUGGGUAAAUGAUGCUGAUGUCCCCUUCUGUCCUGAUUGCGGCAACAAGUUCAACAUGCGUAACAGGCGGCACCACUGUCGUCUCUGUGGGUCCAUUAUGUGUAGGAAGUGCAUGGAUUUCAUUCCUUUGCCUUUGGCCCAAAAGUUAAUAAGUGGGACGAGAGAGGCCCUCUGCGUGCCAGGAAGCCCUGGUCAGUCCCAGUCCCCCCCAGCAGGAAGUGGCAGUGGAGGGAUGGGCUCCCGCAGAGGCAGCAUCAGCAGCCUGAGCAGUGUUACAUCCAUGCUAGAGGAAAAGGAUGACGAAAAGAUCCGUUGCUGUCAUCACUGUAUGGACACACUAUUGAAAAGGCAGCAGAAGCUGGAAGAGAAGGACCAUGUACCUGAUGUAGUGAAACUUUAUGAGAGGCUGAGGAUGUGCAUGGAGAAGGUGGAUGAAAAGGCUCCAGAGUAUAUCCGAAUGGCCGAGUCUCUAAAUGCCGGGGAAACCACUUACAAUCUUGACACUGCUGGUGGACUGAGACUGGAAGUUCAGAAAUACUAUGAACUAAUCGAUGCACUAAGUAAGAGGAUUUUAACACUGGGAACAAAAGAUGAUCCACCUCCACAUCCAAAAACUUUUCAGCUACAGAGGAUGAUCCGUUAUACAGCCACACUGUUUGUCCAGGAGAAGCUUUUGGGUCUGAUGUCUUUACCCACUAAAGAAAAAUAUGAAGAGUUGAAAGAAAAGAGGAAACAGGAGCAAGAGAAGAGACUCCAACAAGAGAGACUGGCAGCUCAGGAGACUCUGAAGAGGAGGCAGGAGUCUGAGAGAAACCGUCCACCUGCCAAUGGAGAGCUGCCUCAGGCUCCGAGACCACCACGCAUGACCAAAGCUGGCGGCUGGUUGCCAUCUUCCGACUCUGUCCAUGGACGCAGUGAGUUGGAGGACCCCCUGCUGCAACAGAUUGAAAACAUCCAGUCCUUCCUUCGCCAGGCGCGAGAGGCUCAGAGGGCAGACGAGGUAGCCAUGCUGGAGGAGAACCUGCGCCAGCUGCAGGAUGAAUACGAUCAGCAGCAAACCAGUCUGGCCAUUGCUCUGUCACAGAAGCUGGCUCAGGAGGAGAGCAUGCAGCAAGAGGAGUUCCAACGCCUGGAGGCUCGGGAAAGAGAAGAAUGGGAGCACAAAGGCCCCAGUUUUGGCUCCACCCAACCCUCCUUUACCUGGGAGAGCUCACUGGAAAUCAGCCAGUCAGGGGAGCAACAAGGAGGGGAAGACACCGCAGCAGACGACCUGACUCCUAAAGCUGAUAGAAGCCCCUGCUCCCUCAGGGCUUUCCCGGCUCUCACAAGCCAAGAGGAGUCACCUCCCAGGUUGAGGAGCUUAGGGGGGCAUGUAACUCCCCCUAGUGGUGAAGGACAGAGUAGCACCUCUCUUAACCCCUUCGAUGAGGAGGACUCUACUCCUAUUGAGGAAGAUCCUUCCAAUCCCUUUUUUGAGGACAUCCAGAGAGAGCACAAAGAGGUUAGCAAUGGAAAGAAAGAAUACAACCCGUUCGAGGAAGAUAACGAAGGCGAGGAGGAAAGGCAGACUGAGGCCGAGUCUGGCAACCCAUUUGAAGAUGACAACACAGAUGCAGGUAACCCUUUCAUGGAGGCCUGUGGGAGUUCUCCUGGGGUCUCAACCAACCCCUUUGAUGGAGAUGACGAUGAUGAGGUCUUGCCAGAUGUGGACGUGAUAGAGGAGGAGUUACUGCUGCAGCAGAUUGACAACAUUAGGGCCUACAUUUUUGACGCGAAACUCAGCGGCCGACUAGAUGAAGUAGAGUUACUGUCGGAAAACCUAAGAGAGCUACAGCACACCCUACAGGAACAGAAGAAAAAGAAACACUGACACCUUUUACUAAAAAAAAAAAAAAAAACCUUUGUCACUUGCUACUUACCAAUUCCUACAAGACUAACGCAUUUACAUGACUAUUUACUGACUAAUGAGCCCAGUGGUUUUAGAUUGGGUGAGGUCUGCUGCACCACAGAACCACAAUUAAACAUACAUUAGACCACAAUGGUUCCCUUAAAUUCCGAUUAUUUAUUGAUUUUAUCAACCACUUAUCCUGUUCAGAGUCACAUGGGCAUGUGCUGGACAAAGGGAAAUUUAGAGGCUAGACAGAAGUAAAGAUUGUACUUUUAAAAGGUUAUGUUGCAGAUUAUAAUGGAUGUCAAUACAUUAUCAAAAUCAAUGUUGAAUUUAUUAGUGCUUUUUAUUGCUUCUGUUGUUUCCACUCAGAGAUAUCUUGGUUCCACGGCUCUAGUUUUAAAGGCAGACAUGAACAUGUCAUAGAAGGAAGUGCACUGACAAACAUAUAACACAGUGACAGUUCCUUCUUGUCUUUGCAAAACAUCCAGGUUACCUGAUGAAGACUGUACAGUCAUUACUAUACUGACAAUAGCUCAUACUCGUUUGCUUUGUGUUGAAAUGACAAGGACAGCUGUAGACAUGCUGUGGUAAACAUGAGACUUUUUAUCAAACAGUAGUAAUAUUUGCACUUUGCCUUUUUCACAGCAGUGUCUUAUUUCCUGCUGCAUCUUGUACAUUUCCUGCUGUGACAGGUCAUCGUGUCUGCCAUUAAAAGGAGCAGUUAGUCUAAAAUAUUUCCCUGCUGUUCAGACAGAAUCAGAAAAAACUGCACAUUUCUGUUUUAAUAGAGCCCCUGGAUUAAUAAUUUAUUUUUAUGCUUCGCACGGACAGCCUAGUAGUUAAAGCACUAUUAAAUAAAAUGUAUGAUAGUAUUUAACUUCAGGCUUCAGUCUUGUCUGGUAGAAUUCAAGUUAAAAUGAAAGGUACAUGAAUCAAGCCAUCGCUGUUGCUGCGGGUCAUGUGACGUCUCAUAUACUAUCUUUACAACAUGAACACAAGGGAAGGCUUCAUUCUUUAAUCGCACUGCAACUAACAAGCACUUCUGCAAAACAAUAUCAGAAAUUAAACAAAUGUAUGUUCAGACAGCUUUGCUUUUUCUGUAAAACUGUACAAAUAUGAACACCUUUACAGUGAUCUGGUUCACUUAUCUUUUACGUGCAUCAUGUCUGUGUCACGCUUGGCUUUAGUAUGGCAUUUUGCACCUAAACAAAAAACAAAACUACAUCAUAUCUGCCACAGUGAGCCAAGUGAACGAAAAUGUUCACUGUGUGACCCCAACAGGUUGUGAUCUCAUUGUUUACAGCGGCACCUCUGAUCCUACUGAGCACUUGGGUUGCAUGAUUAACGUGUUUUUGUGAGGUGCUGUAUAAUGUUGUUCUGUCCAAGCUACUC